AAGAGUGCAUUAGUUCACGUGUUACACGCAAGAAAAUAGAAACAAAACAACACAACAACAAAACCAAAGAUUGACCAAAGAAAAGAGAUCUAGAACAAGGAAUCAAGGUCUUGAAGAUGAAGAAAUUCCGUACACCCAGUUUCUUCUUGAAUCGUUUCAUUACCCUAUAGUAAUCACAUUAUUCUCCACAACAAACCCUCACCUAUUUUUAUUAUUUUUUUUUAAUUUCAUUUUUACCUUCCAUAUUAACACAGUCUCUGGAAUCUUCGAUUAAUUAGUGAUAAACUCAAUUAUUAUUAUUACUAUUAGAUAAUAAUAAUAAUAACACCACCGUUACCCUUUUCUCUUCUUCAUUCUUCUCUACCCUAACGGUUACCGUGAAAUUAUUCUUCAGUUGAAUCCCUCACAUAUGGGCGAAGAAACACAACUUCAACCACAAUCCCUAACCGGAACUCAAAUUGAACCGCAAUCUCAGCCGCAGCUUCCGCCGCAAACGGAGGUUUCUUCCGAUAACAUCAUCGACGCCAUUAUCCCCGUUGAGUCCGAACUGAGCAAUGUCCCUCCACACACCAAUUCACCGGCCACCAAAAUCCCCCUCCGUCCUCGAAAGAUCCGGAAAGUCUCUCCGGACCCGACGACUUCCGAAUCGCAAACGGAAAUCCCUAAACCGGUUAAUUCAUUCCCCGGCGGUAAAUCGAAUGGACGGAACAACAACAACAAAGCGGUUCAACAACAACAGCGAGCCCUAGCGCUUCCGAGGAUUGUUGCUAGGUCACUUUCGUAUGAAGGUGAGGUUGAGAUGGCGAUUCGUUACCUUCGUACUGCAGACCCGCUGCUAUCUCCUCUCAUCGACAUUCAUCAACCACCUACCUUUGAUAGUUUUCAUACUCCGUUUCUUGCACUAACUCGGAGCAUUUUGUAUCAACAACUCGCGUUUAAGGCUGGAACUUCGAUUUAUACGCGAUUUAUUGCUCUCUGUGGUGGUGAAGGUGGUGUUGUUCCUGAAACUGUUCUUGCUUUGAAUCCUCAACAGCUUCGUCAAAUUGGGGUUUCUGGGAGGAAGGCUAGUUAUCUUCAUGAUUUGGCUAGGAAGUAUCAGAAUGGGAUACUUUCUGAUUCCGCCAUUGUAAAUAUGGAUGAUAAGUCGCUUUUCACUAUGCUUACUAUGGUUAAUGGGAUUGGGUCUUGGUCUGUUCAUAUGUUUAUGAUUUUCUCGCUUCAUAGACCUGAUGUUCUUCCCAUUAAUGAUCUUGGUGUUCGGAAAGGGGUUCAGAUUCUUUAUAAUCUUGAUGAUUUGCCUCGGCCAUCUCAGAUGGAGCACUUGUGUGAGAAAUGGAGGCCUUAUCGGUCUGUUGCUUCGUGGUAUAUGUGGAGGUUUGUUGAAGCUAAGGGAACUCCUUCGACGGCUGUGGCUGUUGCCACUGGGGCUGGCUUGCAGCAGCAUCAGAUGGAGCAUCACCACCAACAGCAGCAACAGCAGCAGCAUCCUUCACAACAACAACUUAUGGAUCCCAUGAAUAGCAUGUUUAAUAUCGGGGCUGCCUGUGCUUGGGGACAGUGAUCGCUGAAGAAAUUGAGGAAGAGUUAUUACCAGGCUUUGCUAGCAGACACUCAUAUUUGCAAAGCUAUGCCAUUAUGCAUAUUUAAGGGUAGAUUUUAGACUGAAACAUGGAUACUGCAUCGAAGGAUUAGUGUAUGAUUUACCUUGUGUUUAGUAAAACUUGUGCAAGAUUAAUAAAGGCUAGUCCGUAAUUUUGUUUUGUUUAUUGCCAAAUGUAAUGAAUGUUCAGAGGCCAAUUUCAAGUUGUCUAGUCGUGUUUUUGGUAGGUAGUGCGGUUUGGACUUCGGACCUUGUAACUAAUGUAUGAGUCCUUAUUUCAUGUUGUA